AUGGCAUCAUCAAUGGCUUCCUUUCAAUUGCUUUCUUCUCAUCAGCUUUGCAUCUCUCCCUUCUCUCGUCUGCCUAAAUUCAACACGACAUUUACUUCCUGCACCCCCAACAGCAACAAUAAUAACCGCUUCUCUCUUUCUCUCACUAAACCAACUUCUUCAUCCUUUCUCAUCAUAACAGCUUCUUCUAACGACAAUACCAUGCUUCCUCCUUAUAACGUUUUGAUUACUGGCUCAACCAAAGGGAUAGGGUAUGCUUUGGCGAAAGAGUUUCUAAAAGCAGGAGAUAACGUUUUAGUUUGCUCAAGAUCAGAUGAAAGGGUAGAGACUGCAGUCAAGAGCUUGAGAGAAGAAUUUGGGGAGCAGCAUGUGUGGGGCACUACAUGUGAUGUGAAAAAUGGAGAGGAUGUGAAGAAACUAGUUUCGUUUGCUAAAGAAAAACUGAAAUACAUUGAUAUAUGGAUCAAUAAUGCUGGAUCAAAUGCGUAUAGCUACAAGCCACUUGCCGAAGCAUCAGAUGAGGAUCUUAUUGAGGUGGUUACAACAAACACACUUGGCUUGAUGAUAUGCUGUCGAGAGGCAAUAAAGAUGAUGGUGGGCCAACCUCGCGGAGGUCAUAUUUUCAAUAUUGACGGGGCAGGUUCAGAUGGAAGACCAACUCCCAGGUUUGCUGCAUAUGGAGCAACAAAGAGAAGUGUGGUGCAUUUGACAAAGUCAUUACAGGCAGAAUUGCAGAUGCAAGAUGUUAAAAAUGUCAUGGUUCACAAUCUUUCGCCUGGAAUGGUUACAACAGAUCUUCUCAUGUCUGGCGCCAAUACAAAACAGGCAAAGUUUUUCAUUAAUGUCUUGGCUGAACCAGCCGAAGUGGUUGCAGAAUACUUAGUUCCAAACAUUAGAUCUAUCCCUGCCAACAGAUCAAUGAAGCCGACAUACAUCCGGUUCCUCACUGGUUUGAAAGCUUAUUCCCAAAUAUUUUCAAGAUUUGCAUUUGGGGCAAGGAGGAACCGGUACAUUAUUGAAGAUUGAACAGCAUGAAAAUAGGUGUCAUGUUCAAUUUUUGUCCCCUUUAUGAUUUUCUCUAUUAUUCUUCUCCUUUUAGUAAAGAUGUAAUCAACAUAUAUACUAUAUACAUUAUUAUUCAGGAAAAAAAAUCUUUGCUCUAAGUGGUGACAAGACUUUUUACC